AUGUCAGAUCCAGCAAUUCAGCCAGCUUUCACCAGCGGCGAGUCUUCUCCCGACUACACAGUGAUUGAUAGCAAACCCGGCUCACCAGUUUCAUCUGAUCAGUCAACCAGCCACGACACUUCACCGAAAGCAGAUGUGACCCAAAACUUGCUAGAUUUCCCUACCCAGUCAUGGACUACACUAAACAGUUGUUUGAAUAUGGUCAAAUGGGUUGUUCCUGUAUUGCCAGACUCCCAUUUGGAAAUCCUCUUGAAAGCCGCUAUUGAACUGGCUAAACAAGACAGGGACACAGACUUUCCCAAGUGCCAAGACUUUUACAGUUCUGGACUGCUAUCUUCGUUCCAAAAAACAUUCCAGGACGAAGCCGUUGAUGGAUGGGAUUGUCAGAUACUGCACUACAUUUAUAUGAAUGCUUUGUUGGCCGUCGAACUUUGUGCUGUCAAGGCGGCACAUGAUGCCUCUUCUAUUUUGAUUCUUGAAUCUAUCCUAUUUGAUCCAGACUCAAGAUUUCAGCAAUUCAGUGUGUGUCCGGUGGAUCAGUGCUGGAGGAUUCAACAUGGAGAAAAAAUCAAUAGUGCAAUCCGUUACACGCAUAUCACUCCCCUUCUUCCUCAUCUGUUGAUCUCGACCCCAGAUACACCCACGAAAAACAAAACCGAGCACGAUCCGCCUACUUUAAAAGAGUUUGCCAUUCUCCCAGACUCCAAACGUCCUGCACCGAUUUUGAAGGACUUUAUUGAUCUUUUCGGACGCCUAAAUGGUUUCGAACGGCUUAGGGAUCGGUUCCUCCGGUUCGCCGAACUUAAUGAUAUGACUCUUUGCCUUAUUGCAACUUACUUAUAUCCGUUCAGCUUAUGCUGUGACUACCUACAUCCCGACACGAUCACGGAGUAUUUUGUUCCCAUAAUUGACAUUGUUGUACCGCACAUCGUGAAUAUUACGGAACAAGGAAUGAAAAAAGAUUCAAAACUAGAUAUUAAAACAGAUUCAUUGGCUGACCUGGGAUUCUAUCUGCGCAGCUUUCUUCUGCAUAUGCCGGAGAAAAAUGAUUUCCUCGAAAAGGUCGACCUGUGUUGUCUGAAUUUGAUUUUACGCUAUCUCCAGUUCCCCUCUUUCAAUAAACGGAUGAUGGCUUUGAACGACUUGAACAGCUUGUUUUCACGUCUCAGUCCGAGCGGCAUCCCAUCUCAGUCUUCCUACUCUCCAAGUUCAGACACGCUAACCAUAGACCGAAUUGCCACUUGGAUGCACGACAAACAGGUCUUAGGACUGAUGCUUCGCGAGAAUUUGCAUCAACUGCAAUAUGUCGAGAAGGCAGAACGAAUUAUUCGGUUUAUGGUGAAACACGCGUAUUUGACCACAGCGGAUCUUGAUCAAAUAUGGGAAGCCCAAGACGGGAAACACCAGACAAUAGCUAAAAAUGUGUUCGAUAUGUUGGCUCGUUUGGCAUUGGAAUUCACUCCAGAGCAGUUGGAUCAUUUGUUUCAUCGAUUUCAGCAAAGCUGGUCCCACGCGACCAAACGACAACGCGAGCAUCUUAUCGAUUUGAUCUGUCGACUGGCAGAGGAGGAUCGUGAUGGUCUGAUGGCUGCAAAAGUGUUGAAUUUGCUGUGGGAAUUAGCAGUCGAUGCGGACUCAUCUCCUGACAUUAGUAGUUUUGCCCUGAAAGCUCAUGCGAAGAUACUGGAUCAUAAUAUAUCGGAAGUUGGUUCCAAUAUUCGGUCUAAAUGGAUCACUCGACUAAUCGGAAUAUUGAAAGGGGGACCACGUGAACCUCACCUACUACCAGCAAUCCGUCAGUUCACUGAGAUAUUGAAUCUCAUCCCUGCGAAACAAUACUCAUCUCAUACAUCCUAUCUCGCCCGAAUGAAAACCAUACAAGAGCUGAACGCCAGACACAGUUUAUUAGAAUCAAUUGUAAACAAUGUGGUCGUUUGCAUGAUGACCAUUCGGGAGCAGCGUAUCGCGAAUGCGGAUGCCGCAGAUGCAGAUGUGUCUAGAACUCCUAUCAGGCGGAUAUCACUACAAGUCGAAGUACGAGAGCUGCUCGAGCUUGUUCGAUUCUUGUUGUUCGAAGGAUCGUUCAUAUUCCCCAUCGACUGGAUGAUUCGAAUCUGGCGGGGAAUGCUGCUCCGAUCACCUGAAGAAGACCCUCAAACCACUGUCACUCCUGAGGAUCGUGAACUCUGUUAUCAGUGGUUUGGAUCGCUCCCUCCUGCAACUAUUCCAGCGAAAAAUUAUGGAAUAUUUUUUGAUGAAUGCAUCUUACGUGUGGAUCCCAGUCAUUUGACCGCUUCCGGUAUGAUGCUGUUCAAAAUUUUCUUCUAUCAAGUCAAUUACCAGUUAGGCUAUUUACUCGGUCCCGGUGCAGGCAACAGUUCCGCCGGUAACUCUGGGCUCACGUCCUCCGUGGAUUUGCAGUUCCUUACCGACAAUGCCGAUCUUUGUGGUCUGGAUAACAUUUGGCGCAUUCUGUUGGACGCACCAAGCAGCGUUGCGCUGGAGGCGAUGCAACUACUGGAAAAAGUGUACACCAAUCUCUCCCCGCAAUUGCUCCCGCAGAAAAGGGAGCGUCAUGAAGAUUUAUUACAGCAUUGUUUCUCCCGCCUGCGUGCGGACUACGACACAGUAGGUGCUUUUAUUUAUCAUGCUUACAUUUAUUCGCUAUGCGAUUUUGUAUAUCUUGUCCUACAGAUUCAUAUUUUGAUGAAUACCGAAUCGCAUACGACCGAUUCGGAAAUGACUCGUGCACUGGAUCGCGUUGUGCGGGUCAUCCAUUUACUCCAGCAUUUCCUUGUAUUCGAUGAGGAGCUUGCACAUCCAUCACCAAAAAGAACCCCACUGAAACGUGCUUGGGUCGGGACAUCUAUUCGGUUCAACGUGGUUUUCUAUUCGUCGCUAAGUGACUUUAGAGGUUCGACUUAUCAUGGAGAUGGAUUUAUCGCCCCAAGAACAACAUCGCCUGUACAUGAGAACGAUUCAAUUGAUCAAUUUCGAGAUGUUAGCCAACAUACUAUCCAGUUUACUGCACACGCCAAUAUGACCAUUGGGGAAUUACGUUCACACCUGCUGGCCUUCCGUCUUCGUUCAUUGCACAAUCACAUUAACUGCCUUCCACAGCAGGAGGCAGGUUCGGCAACUGCAACGUCAGCCUUCUCAGGGGAUAAUCCCACUGGUUACGAAGAUCAUAGUUAUAAACUUGAACUAUACGUCAGCCGAUUAGAAGACCGUCGGCCUCCAGCCUCUUCGGUAUCACCUCUGCUUUCAGGAGUCCCGAUAGAUUCCAGCUCAAAUGACAGUUCUGUGCUUAUUCUAUUAUCUCAAUUUCCCGAAUGGCCGCACGCAUUCAUGGAUGCACAGGAAGAUGUCAAUUUGGCUGAUUUGUCACGGGAUUUUGAUGAUUCCAGUCCUCGGCUACAGUUAGUCGCUCACAUUGUCCUGGGCACCCCAGAGCUCAGCCAUCUCCGCAACAGGAAACGGAAUAUGGAAGUAACAACUCGGGUUGAUACCAGCAAACCUGUGACGGAUGAUUUUCUGCAUCGUUCCUGCACGGAUUCGGCUGUUUUUUCCGAGGAUACUCAAUGUGAAAACGAACCACAGUUGGACAGUGUUAUCGCGUCACCAUCCAGUUAUGAGGACUUAGAUCCGGUCACCUCAGAACAGCGCUGCAAAUUUCUACUCCAACUUGCUAAAAUGGCAGUCCGUGUCAAUAAUCCGACAUUCUUCUCUGGUGUGAUGGAGGUGCUUCUUUCUUUGCCCGCUCCCAAAUCGCUUAUGGAGCGCAUCCGUUCAGAUGUGCACGCCUCAUCGGCUUCGAUUCCAGACGCAGAUAAUCUCAAAACCGAACUGACAGACUGGGUUACUGUCCAGACUGCCGAUCAUACCGCUUUCAAGGGGUCAUACCUCGGUCAGCUUUUGACGUCCACAAUGGGCUCUUCUUCCACACAGUCAUCAGUAGACAGUCUUGACCAUCUAGUGGAUCUGUAUUAUACUCUUCAGCUGCUCUACAGCCUUUGUUUACCAUCUCCGGCCGUCACACAGUACCAAGAUUAUCUAGCCUCUGCUAACCAAGACCUACUGACACGACUGUCUCUCGGUGACCUCACGAACCUUCCUGUCUGGCGAGACGCUAGCCAAUUUACCCUGCAACUGCUUCGUGCUGGUGUCAUUCCCCUUCUGUUAUCUUGUUUGGCUUUGCUCAACCAAACACAUGCCUCGCCAGUUUCCCCAGACUCUGUUCAGUCAACUGUUUCGCGACUAAUAGAAAUUUGGCUAACCCGGAUGCUGAACUUGUUGCUCACUGUCGUCGCAUUCACUGUGGUCUGCUUAGCCCGCUCUUCUGAGCAACCUUCUUCCAUUCAGUUGGAUGCUUCUCACGCAGACUUCGAGGAUCAUUUCACGAAGCGGUUCCAGAUAUUCUGCGCGGCUCGAAAGAAAGCACUCCAGCAAAAUGACCCAAUACUCACUGGGGAAUACUAUGUAGUCAGACAUGCAGAAUUCGUUGGACACUUGGCGAAGAAUUCAGGGGUAAGACUCCCACUAGUAACCACAGCAGAGGUGCAAACACGAUGGUUGCCGGAUCCCAAAUCCAGCGAUGAGACGAUAAGUCUCCAUACGUUUCCAUGGUCCACCAACGAUUCCUGCAUCUCGCCACUACAGAACGAUGCAUGUUCUCAGAAUUUUGCGAUUGCUGAGACGAAAGAAUCUGGUAUUGAUUGUACGGUACGCGAGUCUAACAUUGAACGGAGGGACAUUCCAAAAGUUGCUCAGACGUCAUUAGAUGGUGUUAACUGCUCAGAGUGCCGGCCUUCUUCGUUUUCUUUAUCCAACACCUCUGGGUCCAACGUUGGGUCGAGCGAACGCAACAGUGAAACUGACCUGACUAAGCAGAUCCUACAGGCUUUUCGGACUGGGGACACCGUUGGGAUGCUGGCCGUUGAAUCGCUCUGUUGCGUACCCUACUGCAUUGCCUUCUUUCCUCAGUCACCAUUGGCAAAACCAAUCGUUGGCUUAUCAGCACCUGGUUCUUCGGAUAGUCUCACUUGGACACAGUUUGUCCAGGAACUUCUCUUUUCUCGGUCUCCAUUACUGCGCCACCUUACCGUAUUCAAUCUCUACCAGUCCGUCAUUUUACCCCCUGUGCCUGUGAGUUCUUCCACUGAUGCUGAAUGGUCUGUCAACCCAGCCGUUCAACUAGUCCGGCUGCUCUUUAGCUUCCACUCGACUCUUGUUCCAAAACAUGUGGCUCAUGUGGACCAGUACUUCCGUCUGGUCGCGCUUUUGUUACGGCAUAUUCACGAACACGGCAUACCUUUUGAGGAAGCGACCGACCAUCUCAUUCAAGAGGUUAAUUGGUUGCGUACCACAAUCGCUUCUCGAAAGUCGCAAGAUAAACGUCCAAACUCUGAACUCAGCUCUUUACAAUCAGUUCAUCCUGCUCCGGGAGACACAGAUUGUCCACCAUCGCGAAACACCUCCGAUCAGUUACUCUGUGGUCACAUGCGUAUCUGCAGUGCUUUGCUGGCAUUUCCUUGUAUCACGGAAACGCCCGAUUCGCCGACCUCAUCGAAGACCAGUAGUCCAGUAUCACCAAUGCUUGUUGGUUACACGGCAUUUCAGAAGCAAUAUCUCACUCCUUUGAUUACUGAUAUACUCCAGUCCCUGCUUUUUCCUGCCCGAGAACAGGACGAUAUGACCCCUUCGACAACUUGUGCUGGAUUCCUAUCUGACAGUUCCCUAAACAGUGUAUUCGAGUUGUUACUGGCUCUGGCCAAACGUGACCCCUCGGCGGUACAUCUGUUGUCUUCGAAAUUAUGCCGUUCCUGUUUCCCUGAUGACUUCGAACUUUCAACCUAUCCGUGGGAUUAUACUCCUCCGCCAAUUUAUAGUUCAGCUUCUAAGACUUCUCAUUUCGUCGGACUCCGCAACGGUGGAGCCACGUGUUACAUGAAUGCGAUCCUACAACAGCUGUUCUCACUUAUUCCUAUCAGAAACGCUGUUUUGUGUGCUAGACCGGAACUUCGGCUCAACGAAGAGAAUGUUUUGGGCAGCAAGGAGUCUGACGUGCUUUUAAUUGAAGCAGCCAAAAUCUCUCCUCCUGCAUCAACGGAUUCGCCGACUGAUCCCACGUCGGGUGACGCGGAGAAACCAGAAUCAGAGGUUCGUACACAAAAAUCCUCGGAAGAACGCAAACCGCUCACUGGCGAACAGACGCAUCAACUUCGUUUACUUUUCCAUUUGCAAUCCAUAUUCGGACAUUUGAACCAUAGUCUGUUGAAAUCCUACAGGCCGACCGAAUUUUGGCAUGAAUUCAGCAAAGCCCCUGUACAUUUGUACAACCAGUCUUCCCGGCCGGCCAGUUUUGAGGAUGCGGGCAAACCUAAGGGAGUCUUUGUGCGUACCAUCAUGGUGCAAACAGGUUGCUCCAUAUGUAAACGAAUUGCCAUUCCAGUUCACCUUUAUCUUGUGUCCUUCAUGUUCUUUUCGAGGUUAUUCUUCAUUAUUUUGUAUCGACCUGUUUUUCCCAUCACAAGAUUCGUUUCUGAACAAGUGAAAUUGAGUGAACAGCAAGAUGCACUAGAAUUCCUCCAAACUCUGGGAAAUGAUGUGGACGAGAGUCUGUAUUUGUGCAAUAUGUCCAAAGCGGUGGAGGAAGUUCUGGGCGGAACGUUUGCGGAUCAGAAAAUCUGCAUCGACUGUCCACACCGAUAUUCGCGAAACGAAUCUUUCACCACACUCAAUGUGGACAUUCGUAACCACCAAAAUUUGUUACAAUCCUUGGAACAAUAUGUGAAAGGAGAUCGUCUGGAAGGCGACAAUGCCUACUGGUGUGAGAACUGUAACAAGAAAGUGACCACUUUGAAGCGCAUGUGCAUUGAUCGGUUACCAAAGGUAUUGGCGAUUCAACUUAAAAGAUUCGACUAUGACUGGGACAGAGGUGUUGCAAUCAAGUUCAACGACUACUUCGAAUUUCCUCGUGAACUGGACAUGUACCCAUACACGGCACAGGGAUUAAGUAGUCAGGUUCCAAACGCCACAGUGGACUUGACAAGCGGGGAGACGAUGGAAGAGUUGAACUCCGAACAAACUAACCCUCCGCCCGAAGAGGACGGGGAAUGGUUUGCGAACCCAUCCACUCGGUACACACUCCGGGGCGUCGUGGUCCAUAGUGGCCAGGCGUCGGCUGGUCACUACUACUCUUUUAUCCGACACUUUUGUCCGAAGACAAAGACAUAUAAGUGGUACAAGUUUGACGAUACUGAGGUCACUUUAUCUCGAAUGGACGAAGAAGAUGAGGCGAAGGCAGCAUGGUUUGGAGGUGAUUCUACAAGUGGUCCAUCUGAAAGCAACAAAUACACAUUCUGUUGGACGAAUUCUCGUUGGUGGAGUGCUUAUAUCUUGUUCUACGAGCGUGAAGACUUCCAGUCUCAUUUUGCGAUAACCAAGGAACUCUCCAUAACGCCUCGAUUAAAAAAGAUGGUUAACCGUGAAAACGUUGACUAUUUGCACCAACAAAUGCAGUUCCAUCCGUUAUUGAGUCGUUUUCUGGCCAGUUUGACCGGCGCAACCCUGGAUACUUGUUCUGCCAAACCAGCUGUAUCGGAGGAUUUGGCGCUCACAACGCUCAAGCUUCUCGUCAAUUAUUCGUUUACUGUGCGCUUCCAGAACGUCGCGCGAGAUUGGCAAUUGUGGAUCCCAUUGCUGCUCCGACUGGUGGCUCUGCAUCCUGUUGUCCGAGAAAAGUUCUUACAGUGGACCUUGUUCAGUUCUCCAGACCGUGUCUGUGAGCUGCUUUUCGAGUGUCCCUACCCGGAGGUUCGGUUUUUAUUCGCGAUCCUGAUCGUGUACAUUGCGCAAUUCAAAUCAUCCACGCUUUGUCAAACGUCAUUGGAUUGUCUAAAAUCCUUCGAGGAGACUCGCGACUCGUAUUUCAACAACCCCAAGCUUCCCGAUCCCGCGAACACGGACGCUUCGUUAGCCGCCCGGGCCGAAUCUGCUCGCGAAAUCCUUGGUUCGCUCAUUUGUUCAACUGAUGAUACUCAGUGUGAGAAACCAAGUCUUACGGACCUGUUGCUACAAGUGGUCAUAUUACAGCUACGUGCUUCUCCGGCCGAGUUUAUCAAGCGGGACCUAACCUCUAGCAAGCAGGUUAACCUGAGUGACCAGUAUGGAGACGCCGGCUAUCAAUCCUCAAUUCAAGCGCGUGCUCUUUGCGGUUCGUCCUACAGUCGGGCCUAUCGAGACCUGUCGCACCACCCACACACAUGGAACCAAUAUUUCUCUAUCUUUCUGGACUAUGUUAAUUCUGGAGAAGCUGCUCGGCUUAGGCUGUUGCGCCUUGGCUUCGUCGAAGUGGUUCUCGGUUCUGCGAUGAAGAAUCAGCAUGUGUUUACCCCCUCAACCUUGCCACACAGUUUACCAUCUAUCAGUUCAGCUGGGAUCCGAACUCCCGAAGUUCUCAAACGUCAGUUUAUUCGAAUUCUCGCUGAUCUACCCGACUACUUGAAUUCAGAACCCAACCAACUGCUCACCAAUGAACCAUUAUGCCCGCUGUUUUCGGUUUCUCUUGAAUCGUUUGUUCUCGCUCUGACAUCCCCUUAUUCGUCUUAUUCCACGCUGUACAAUUAUGGCACCAACUCUUCCUCUGGGACAUCUUCAGCUGUGACCGCUGGCACAACAAACCUCUGGUCUGUUCUAUCCCUUCUCAUUCGGUCAAUGGAUGUGUCCCCCUACUGCCGAGUGCAUACACACUCUUCCCCUAACAGCAAACUACCCUCUCCAGCUUCCAGUUCUGAGCAAACGACAACAGCAACAUCCACAACAGCAAACGAGGACGUCAAAUUUGUCGAUGACUCCUCGGACAUGGUGGCCAGCCAGCCAAGUUAUCAGAAUAAUCCAUAUGGAGUUGGUCGGGCGGCAUUAGCACCCAUCUCGAACCAGUUGGCUGAUAUUAUUUUCCGACCACGCAGUAACCAGCCAAUGUCGUUUUUCUUGCGUUUUUGGCUCAACUCGGCCACUCUGGAUCACGUCACCAAUACACUGUUGUUUCUAGCGUAUGAAAAUCUCGAUUUCUCCAAACUUACCUUGGAUUGGAUUGUUUGGGGAAUCAACUCUUGUCAAACGGACGUUGCACUUCUCCUGUCCCUUCUCCAGUCAUUACUCACCAUUUCUGACUCACACAAAGCCAACCGCCUUCGAUGGGCUUUAGGCAAUGCUGAUCGCACUGGAUUGACCAGUUCUCGGCCUGAGAACCAUUACCGACAAUCGUUCACUCACUACAGCAGGGCGAUUAAGAUGUUUAUGGAGCUUAUCCUUGAUGAUCCGGUCGUCUUGCAGUUCUUCCAAGAGGACGAUAUUGCCCUAGACUGGUUACGACAGUGGAUUGAGGCCAUCGCUGACUCCAUGCGGGCUUCCGCAUCCAUAUCUCAAGCACACUGGCUUUCUCCGGGAUCCCAGCCCACUCAAGCUCAGGAUGCAUUCAUGUCAUUGGUACAGCAAGUCUAUACAGUUCUCCCACUCUCGGAUGACGAGCAAAGCGAAAGCGAAGGAGUUGAAUAUGAAGAGUCUGGGGAUCAAAUGGAAUUCUGAUGACGUGUAUCCGCGAACCGCACCCCGCGUCCGUGCUUGUACAACUGAUCUAUGCAACGUUCAAAUCCACAUGUGUUCUCAUUUCCACAGCGCCUUAUCGUGUUUCCGCACCCGUGAUAAUAGCCCGUCUGCCCACCCAUUAUAAAUAUUUGGCUCAUUCUAACCGGGUCAUACUUAUUACGAUGUCCAAGAUUCGAUUGUUUUCGGCUUGUUUCUGCCAAAAACGUAAUCUUCUGCAUGACCUAUCUUUCAACCGCCGUCUAAAUGUUAUGUUUUGUCUACAUCCUAUCGCCCUUCCUUGGUCUGUGAUCUCUUGCAUAUUAUCCACUGCGGCGUCACAGAUGGAUUAUGUCGGAAAUUCCACACAGCUAUGGGGUAUCACGAAUUUCCUGACCCCGAUGUAUGUGUGGUCGCCACACUCACUCUUACCCGAUCCCGUCCCACACUCGUGGCGAAUAAACGUCAAAACACAGUCAGUUUUCUUUCCACCGCCAAACUUUCAUACAUUUUUAGUGCCUGUUUUUCUUGUUCUAAUCUGAUCCAACUCUGUGAGUGGGUCAUUCCUGUCUCCAAUAGUCAUUAGCAGGCGUCUGAUCCUGCAAACCCCCUUGCCACCGUGUCACACUUAUUCGCUGAAUUCCGGUUUUGUUACUAUUAUUUUUUUAAGCUUCCUGGUCUUUUUCGACUUAUCUCCCCCUGCAGAACACCAUCUCACUGGUGAUUGCUUGUUUCUUUCACUCUCACACUCAUGAGCGUCUGUUCUCCCCCAUUCCUAUUCCGCUACCAGUAACGAGAUCAGGUUUGCUCACCCGGGCUUUGCAUACCGUCUUUGUUGCUUGUCUCAUGACUGAUCAAAGCCAAAGUUUGCCGCCACAUAGAUGCGUAUGUGUGUGUGUGUGCUCCACUUCUCCCACCCCUGUUUCUCGUGAUAUUGGUUGUGUAACGUGAUUUGCUUUUUCACUCAUCUUUUCAAUAGAUUAAAGAUUCCAUACCGUCAUGGUUCCAUAAGCGAGUUUUCUUCAAGCAGAGCUACAUCCUUGUGAUUGUGUAUUUUCCUUCCAACGGUUGUGAACACGUGUGUCUGUCGGACAUUAGGUAUGAUGCCGGCACAAUACAUCGCCGUUCACUGACAGAUCUGACAUCCG